GUCAUAUUGGAAGCAGGAAGACACUCGUAAUUCAGACAGAACAAAAAACCCAGAGACCAGCUAUGAGCUACAAGGGCAGAUAUUACUUAGACACACGUGAAUCUCAGCAGCAGGGUUACCAAUUUGUGCAAGAUUCCACCAGCUCUCAAAAUGUGGGUAGCAAAGACAGCUAUGAUGCUUUGGAUCCUGAGAAACUGAUGCAAUGUCCAUAUGACAAACAUCAUCAGAUCAGGGCAUGUAGGUUUCCCUACCAUCUUGUCAAGUGCCGUAAGAACCAUCCUGAUAUUGUGCAGCAGCUGGUCACGUGCCCAUUUAAUGCCCGUCAUCAGGUCCCCAAAGCAGAGAUCAAGCAGCACAUAUCAAGCUGUGAUGACAAAAGAUGCAUUGAGCAGGACGUUGCAAGUCAAGUUGAUCAUCACAGAAGAGAAAUCAAUGUUGUAAGUUCAUGGCAGUCUCCUCCAUGCGACGAAGACUGGGGGCCCUGGGACAAAGAUCUAGCAGACCAGUCAAACUCCGUCUUCAUUUGGGGCAUAAGCCGCUGUAAGGUAAACAGUUCUGGAUCAAACACGACAAUGGGUUAUAAGAACCACUUAGCUUCAGGUCUGCGAGCUCCCAGGUCCUUGCCAUUUGAACUACCAUGGAAGAACAAUGCUGAAAAUUGAAGACCGUGGCAGAAACUGUCCCAUCCAGUGGUUA